UUUUUAUAUAUACAGCGGCGGGAGCUUAACCGGAAGUUUUUCCGGCGAUGGAUACUGCAACAGUGGGCAUGGCAAAUUCUUCUUAUUGUUUCAAUAAUACGGUUCUAAACCCUAACCCUACGCCGAGACUAUGUCGUUCCUCUUUCACUUUCUUCAGACCCGUUAAGUCCGAUCUUAAUUCUUCUUCUCCGACGAUUCGUAUUUCUGGAAACACUAGAUCCACGUUUUCGUGUACCGCCGUUACUAUUACCCCGUCCCUCACAUCCGACCACCACCUCUCCGCUAUAGCCAAGCUUCAGAGCCUCGCAUCCGAGUUCAAUUCCAUAUCCGAGCCAAUUGACCGUGUUAAGCGCCUCCUCCACUACGCAAACGUUUUGCCCCUGUUUGACGACUCGGUGAAAAUUACUGCGAAUCGGGUGAUGGGAUGUACGGCACAGGUGUGGCUGGAUGUGAGGAUGGAUGCGGAUGGAAAGAUGAGGUUUUUGGCUGACAGUGAUUCGGAGAUUACCAAAGGUUUCUGCUCGUGUUUGAUUUCGGUGCUUGAUGGGGCUACGCCGGAGGAAGUUUUGGGACUGAAGACGGAAGAUCUGGGGGAUCUGAAUGUCGCCGGUUUGCAUGGAGGGAAGGUUGAUUCAAGGGUGAAUACUUGGCAUAAUGUGUUGAUUAGCAUGCAGAAAAGGACGAAGGCGCUUGUGGCACAGCGAGAAGGGAAGUCUGUUGGGGAGCCGUUUCCGUCUAUGGUGAUCACGGCGGAAGGUAUUGGCGCGAAAGGGAGUUUUGCUGAGGCUCAGGCAAGAUUUUUGUUCCCUGAUGAUGCAAAGGUUCAAGAGCUUGCCAAUUUGCUGAAGGAAAAGCAAAUUGGUGUUGUUGCACAUUUUUACAUGGAUCCAGAGGUGCAAGGUGUUCUAACUUCUGCACAGAAGCUUUGGCCUCACAUUCAUAUAUCAGACUCAUUGGUUAUGGCAGACAGUGCUGUUAGCAUGGCAAAAGCAGGAUGUAAAUUCAUAACUGUUUUAGGGGUAGAUUUUAUGUCAGAAAACGUGCGUGCAAUUCUUGAUCAGGCAGGUUUUCCUGAGGUUGGCGUGUAUAGGAUGUCUGAUGAACAGAUCGGCUGCUCUCUAGCUGAUGCUGCAUCCAGUCCUGCAUAUAUGGAUUAUCUCUCUGGAGCUUCUAUUUCUUCUCCUUCCUUGCAUGUCAUCUACAUAAAUACCUCAUUAGAAACUAAAGCUCAUGCGCAUGAACUUGUGCCUACUAUUACAUGCACUUCUUCUAAUGUUGUGCAAACCAUCUUGCAGGCCUUUGCUGAAGUACCAAAAUUGAAUGUAUGGUAUGGUCCUGAUUCCUACAUGGGCGCAAAUAUCAUGGAGCUGUUUCAGCAAAUGACAUUGAUGACUGAUGAAGAAAUAGCCAAGAUACAUCCGGAUCAUAGUAGAAACUCAAUCAAGGGACUGUUACCUCGGCUUCAUUAUUUCCAGGAUGGAACAUGCAUUGUGCAUCACCUCUUUGGCCAUGAAGUCGUAGAAAAGAUCAAUGACAUGUAUUGUGAUGCAUUUCUUACUGCUCAUUUUGAGGUCCCUGGUGAAAUGUUUUCUUUGGCUAUGGAAGCUAAAAGAAGAGGAAUGGGGGUGGUAGGUUCCACCCAAAAUAUAUUAGAUUUUAUAAAGAGCAGGGUACAAGAGGCUUUGGAUAGAAAUGUCGAUGACCAUCUUCAGUUCAUUUUGGGAACAGAAUCAGGAAUGGUGACCUCAAUUGUUGCAGCAGUUCGCCAAUUAUUAUGUUCUUCAGAAUCUUCUUCUUCUAGUGAAGGAAAAGUUAGUGUCGAAAUAGUCUUUCCCGUUUCGUCUGAUUCAGUGACAACAACUUCACAGAGUUCAUCCACAAGCCUAAGUUUGGGUGAGUUGAAUGUCUCUGUAAUACCUGGCGUUACAAGUGGCGAGGGGUGCUCUCUUCAUGGUGGCUGUGCAUCCUGUCCAUAUAUGAAGAUGAACUCCCUUGUUUCACUCCUCAAAGUCUGUAAUAGCCUACCACUCGGGAAAGAUAGUCUAAAACAGUAUGAAGCUGGACGGUUUAGUUUGCGAACACCAAAAGGGAAAUUAAUCGCAGAUGUGGGUUGCGAGCCUAUCCUUCAUAUGAGACAUUAUCAGGCAACAAAAAAACUGCCAGAGAACUUGAUGGAUCAGAUUCUUAACAAUGGAAGAAGGGCAUAAAGUUGGAAGUCAUGACCUACAACAUAAUCUCAUGGAAAGGAGGGAGGUUCCAUUAUACAAAACAUAAUUUGAGUAGUUUUACACAAAGAAAGUUGCUAAUCAGUGCUCUUUAAAGAGUUUAGGAGUAGAGUGAUGAUGUUCCAUG